CUGUUCAAGCUUCGUCUGUAUCUAUUCUGCAGUCCUCUGGCUGACCCUUCUGCCUAAUCUUUUUCGAUUUCUCAUUCUGGGUUCUGCUUUGAUUGCUUUCCCACAUAAUCUGUGGGAACCUUAGGCUGUAGAGCUAUGGGGAGAUUGUUUGUGGUGAAUCUGGAAGGGCAGAUCUAUAGCUGCAAGUACUGCCGGACCCAUCUUGCUCUUUACCACGAUAUCAUUUCCAAGUCCUUCCACUGCAGGCAUGGGAAAGCUUACCUCUUCAAUAAGGUGGUAAAUGUGUGGUUGGGGAAGAUAGAAGAGAGAUUGAUGAUGACAGGGAUGCAUACAGUAGCUGAUCUCUUCUGUGUGGGGUGUGGAUCAAUAGUGGGAUGGAAAUAUGAGACUGCCCAUGAAAAGAGCCAGAAAUACAAGGAGGGGAAAUUUGUACUUGAGAGUUUGAACAGGGUCAAGGUUGUGGGAGCUGAUGAAAGCAGGUUGUUGUGGGUGAGUCAUGAAGCAGAUGCAGGAGGAAGCGAGGAGGGCGAAGAUGUUUGAUUUCUGUAUAUGUAUAUUACCCAAUUGUAAAUUCUGCAUACCCUAAAAACCUUCUGGUUUUGAACUUGAAUUCUAAUGAUGCUGCUGCUGCUUCUGUGUUCA